AUGAAAGAAGAUCUAGAUAUGGACGAAUAUUAUUUACAUAAAAAAGAAAUAAAAAAUAUCUUUAAAAAUGAUGGUGAAGAUAUUAGUACAUUUAUUAUUACUAAAAAAAUGGGUUUAACAAAAGAAAAAAAUGACAAUAUAAAAGAUAUGAAAAAUUUAAUUUCAAUACAUCCAUAUAUCUUUGUUAAAAGUUCUAUUUUUUACAAAGAUCUUGAAAAUAAUGUAAACAAUAAAAAAACAAUAAUUGAGGAUGUAAAUAUAAUAUACAACAAAAUUACAGAAUUAUUUCAAAGUGAUGAAUAUAAAAAGGAUGUAAAAGAUUUAAAUUAUUUAACUAGCCAAAAUGUUUUACCAAAUAAUAAUUUUUUUUCUGAAAUUUUUAAAAUACCAUUACUAAUUCAUAAAUAUAUUAAUAGUAAUGAACAUGAGGAAAAUUUACCCAAUUGUAUAAAAUACAUAAAACUAUGUUAUAAUAUAAAAUUAUGUCUUCAAUAUUAUUAUAAUAAUAAAUUUAACAAUGAUUGUUUAGUUAAUUAUUUAAAAAGUUAUGAACAAAGUGUAAAUAAAGAAAUUAAAAAAAUUAAAAAAAUUCUUUGCAAUUUAAUUGUGAAAACUGAUGAUAUAGCUAAAUUAAAAUUGUACAUACAAUAUUUGUCCGAUAUAUUUAAUUAUUUUAACACAUUAAAAUUUGAUGAAAAUAAAAUUGAUCAUAAUUACACACCCCAAAAUGUAGUGGAAAAACAAGAUGAAAUAAAAAACCUUAACUGUUCAGAAAAAAGUAGUAAACUAGCCAAUUAUAAUGACAAUAACGACACUGGAAAUGUUAGCAAUAAUGUAGAUCAUAUUUUUGAUAAUCAUCAUGUAAUAGACAAAAAUGGUGAGGAAUACAUCAAAAAUAAAUUCUUAAAACUUAAACAUUAUAAUAUAUUAACAAAAAUAAGAGAACGAUUAUUUUCUUGUGAGAAUAACAGAGAUCAAGCAACACAAAAAAAAAAUUUACACAGUUACGAAAUAUUACAGCUAUUUUUAAAUGAGAUUAUAAAAUUAAAAAAUAUAUAUCAAAAAUUAUUUAACGGAGUAGAUACAAAUUUAUAUAAACAUAUAGCAUUUAUAUAUUAUUUCGCUUUAUCCUUAGUGCAUAUUAAAAUAACACAAGGAGAUUUGCCCCGUUUAAAUAAAAAUAAUCAUGGCCAUGUGCACACAAGUAAUAUAUCUUUGUUGAAUAAGCUUAAUGAGCAGGUUGUUAUGAAAAAAAACAAAAAAAAUGAAACAAAUAAUAAUAGAAAUGGAAAUGGAAAUGGAAAUGGUAAUGAAAAUGGAAAUGGUAAUGAAAAUGACGAUACCAAUUCGGGUGACUGUUACAAACGAGACGACACAAGAUUGUUUGAUUCAAAUUUAAAACUACCCCCUGAAAUGGAAAAUAAUUACGAUUUUAUGUACAGUUCAGAAAAAAAAAAAAAAAUAUUACAUGAUAUAACGAAAUUUAUGGAUGAAUUUAAUAAAAAUAUAAACGAAGAAAAUAUAUUAGACAGUUAUUUUUUUUUUAGAAAUAACAAUAUUUCAACUUGGAAAUAUCCCUUUUUAAAUUUAAACACUUGCAUAUUUAACUAUAUGUAUUAUUAUGUGUUCUUUAAAAAUAAAAAAGUUUUACUUUUUAAAAAUAACGAAAAAGAAAACAGUUCAAAAAAAAAAGUAAUAAAUAUUGAAUUUCAAGAAAAGAGGUCAUUUAAAAAUCACUAUAAUUUUGUUGAAUAUUUAUAUGAAGAGGAGGAUAAAAAAUAUGACGAUGUAAUAAAAAAUUGUCCACAAAAUAUAAAAAAGAAUUUCAAAAAAAAAAGUAAAAAGAAAAAUAUAUUUCUUAAUCAUUACACCGAAAUACAAUCACUAAUUCAAAACAACAAAAUUGAGGAAACUGUUCUGGAUUUAAAAAAAUAUAGAAAAUAUAACAUAAACAGUUUAGUGUUAAAAGAAGAGAGUGAUACCCCAUGUAUAAGUUUUUCCAUUGUGAUGAAUAAUUUUAUAAACAAAAUAUUUGUAGCAUAUAUCUAUGAUUUCCUUCAAACCAAUAAUAAUAUGUUUUAUCAAAAUGUUUUGUUCUUUGACAAAGACGACAAAAAUGGAAGAAAUGGAAAAAAUGAAAGAAAUGAAAGAAACGAAAGAAACGAGAGAAAUGAUUCUAAAGAAGUAUGGGGUGUUGAGACAAAUCGAUUACCCAAUUCGUUAGAUGAUGAGCUAAAAAAACAAAGAGAAUUUUUCAUUAAAAAUGCUCAAAUUUUUUUUGAUUCCAAUAAAAAUAAGACAAAAAAAAUUAAUGAAAACGAAUCAAAUAAUUCAAUAAAAUUUAGUCAAGAAUAUUACCAAGAAAAAAUUGCUGAAAAAUUAAAAUAUUCCUUUUUAGUUUCCUAUUUUUAUAAUAUUAUAUUUAUUUUAAAAAACAUUAAAUGUUAUAUUGAUAAAUCUUUGUUAUACACCAUUAUCCAUAUGUUUGAAAUUUCUUUUAAAAAUAUUAUUGAAAAUUUAAUAACUAUGUUUUUGACAACCCAAAACAUAUUUUUUAAAUAUAAUAAUUUUCAAUUUAUUAUCGAGGCUCUUUUAAAAAGCGUCUUCCCCUUUGCAUUUUUGUUUCUUUCGUGUAUUUAUCAAGUUGAUGUUACCCGAUCAACGGAAAAAAUAUUGAAGAUCUUGAAUAACUAUUCGAUUAGCAUAUGA